GCAUGACGUCGCCCAGCCCCGCCUACAUCGCAUAACCCUGCACCACCACCUUCCGCUUCCCCUCUCCUCUUACCCGCUCCUCCUCCGCUCUCAUACCACAUGCCCGCGUCUGCGCCGCCUUGUCUCGCAUUAUCCCCUCAUCCUGCACCCGGGACGCCUGCACUUACUUGCUCUAACGGUUCAGGGCGAUCGGCUUCUACUCCCAGAUUCCCUCUCGACGCAACGCCAGCUUAAAGUCGGUGGUUUGGACAAACUCAUUUGUCCGACACCUCACAACACACCCUCCCUCUUUUCGUGGGUCCCCUCAAGCGACCGCACGGUACACUCGCAACCCCGACACGUCGCCCUCUGGUAUAUACACACACAGGUCACUACCACUCCUUGAUCCAUCCUCCUCUCUUUCCACCACUCAGAAUGCUCGCCCGGCUCACCUCUGUCCGUGCUGCGACCCGCGCUCUGCCCCGCGCCUCGGCUGCGCGCGUGGUCAUCGCUCGCGCCAACGUCGCCGCUGCCCAGCGCGCCUACGCCGUCGCUGCGACCCCCGCCGGCUUCUCCGCCGUCGACUCGGUUCCCGGCAAGGUCGAGAACGUUGGUGAGGUCCCCUACAUCAAGGACUCGAGCGAGGGCGGCAAGCUCUACCCCAACGCUGCCGAGGCUGUCAAGGACAUUCAGAGCGGCUCGAUGGUCCUCUCUGCCGGCUUCGGUCUUUGCGGUACCGCCGAGACUCUCAUCACCGCCCUCCACGAGCGCCCCGAGCUCAAGGACCUCACCGUCGUUUCCAACAACGCUGGCAACGUUGGCCAGGGUGGUCUCUACCCCCUCAUCGCGUCCAAGCAGAUCUCGAAGAUGAUCCUCUCGUACGUCGGUACCAACAAGACGCUCUCGGACGCCUACAUCAACGGUGACGUCGCCCUCGAGCUCUCGCCCCAGGGCACCAUCGCUGAGCGUCUCCGCUCGGCCGCCGCGGGUAUGCCCGGCUUCUACACCCGUACCGGUGCUGGCACUGCCGUCGAGACCGGUGGCAUCCCCAUUCAGUGGUCCAAGCCCGACGCCAACGGCAAGCAGACCGUUGCCGUCCCCGGCAACAAGAAGGAGGUCCGCGAGUUUGACGGCAAGCGCUACAUCUUCGAGCCCGCGCUCAAGGGCGACGUUGCCAUCUUCCGCGCCUGGAAGGUUGACAAGGCCGGCAACUGUGUGUUCCGCUACACCACUCGCGCCUUCGCGACCCUCGUCGCCAAGGCCGCCAAGGUCGCCAUCGUUGAGGCCGAGAACAUUGUCGAGGUCGGCGAGCUCAGCCCCAUGGAGAUCGACCUCCCCGGCAUCUACGUCCACCGCAUCGUCCCCUCGACUGUCGAGAAGAAGAUCGAGCUCGUCACCCUCCACACCGAGGAGGGCGCUGAGGUUGACCCCGAUGCCGCCCCCGCCAACCCCAACCAGGCCGCCCGUAUCCGCAUCGCCAAGCGUGCGGCCAAGGAGCUCAAGGACGGCUACUACUGCAACCUCGGUGUCGGUAUCCCCGUUCUCGCCGCCAACUACACCCCGCCCGGUGUCAACGUCUGGCUCCAGUCCGAGAACGGUAUCCUUGGCAUGGGUCGCUACCCCACGCGCGAGGAGCUCGACGCCGACGUCAUCAACGCCGGCAAGGAGACCGUCACCCUCCGCCCCGGUGCCUCCGUCUUCGACUCGGCCGAGUCCUUCACCAUGAUCCGUGGUGGCCACGUCGACGUGUCCAUUCUCGGCGCCAUGGAGAUCUCGCAGAACGGUGACCUCGCCAACUUCAUGGUCCCCGGCCACCUCGUCAAGGGCAUGGGCGGCGCCAUGGACCUCGUCUCCAACCCCGAGUGCACCAAGGUCGUCUCGGUCACCAUGCACACCGACAAGAAGGGCAACCCCAAGAUUCUUGAGGAGUGCUCUCUCCCCGUCACCGGUGUCCGCGUCGUCUCGCGCAUCAUCACCGACCUCGCCGUCUUCGACGUCGACCUCGAGAAGGGUGGCCUCACCCUCAUCGAGGUCGCUGAGGGCCACACCGUCGACGAGAUCAAGCAGAAGACUGGUGCUCCCUUCAAGGUUGCCGAGAACCUCGGCUCCUUCUAAUCAUGUACAGCUAGGGAGGGUGUAGAGCGUUGGGAUCAUCAUUGCAUUGUAGUACCAUUGGAUGAAGCACAUUAGGAU